AUGCCAGUUGAGAUAGAAGGGUUAAAGGUACUUCCGAUGGCGAGUGAUGAUAUCGUUGUUGUGGAGUCUGAGGAAAGAGCGAGGAUGCUUAGUGAAGGAAGGAAAAAGAAAUUUGAGAAGGAUAGACUUAUGAAACUGGAAGAGGAGAGGACAAAAACUUCAGAAUCAGAAGAAGAGGAAGAAGAGACUAAACCUAAACUGGUUGAAGUGCCAAUGAUCGUCAGAGCAGAUGUUCAAGGCACUGUCCAAGCAGUUUCAGACUCUGUGAAGAAUUUGAACAGUUCGCAAGUUUUUGUGAAGGUUGUUCAUGCUAGAGUUGGGCCUAUUUCUCAGUCUGAUAUUGAUAUGGCACAAGCUUGUGGUGCAUGUAUUGUUAGAUUUAAUGUGCGGGAUCCUCCUAGUUCUAUUGCUCUGGUUGCUACACAAGCCAAAGUGAAGAUAAAAUUGCAUCGCUUGAUCUACCAUAUUUUGGAUUACAUUGGAAAUUUCAUUGUUGAAAAGGCUCCUGGAACCCUUGAGACUCAGAUUGCAGGAGAAGCCCAGGUGCUGAAUAUCUUCGAACUCAAAGGGAGGAGCAAAGCCAAGGGAGACGAUGUGAGGAUUGCGGGUUGCAGAAUGAUAGAUGGCCUUGUGACUAAAUCAUCAACACUAAGACUUCUUAGAAGCGGGGAAGUUGUUUUCGAAGGAUUGUGUGCAUCUUUGAAACGCGAGAAACAGGACGUGGAAGCCGUUGGCAAGGGGAACGAUUGUGGGCUUGUGAUCAAAGAUUGUUUUGAUUUCCACGUAGAGAUGUUAUUCAAUGCUUGGUACAAGUGA